CGGAUCAGGCUUCCUGCCUCCAGGGGGCAGCGGCCGCGGCGUGGUCCCAGGGUGGACAGCUCGGCGCCGCGCCCGGCCGCUCUUUCUGUCUUUGGGAGUGACGGGCCGGCCAAAGGGCCGCCGAAAGCCGGCGGUCGCCAUUCCCGUGUCGCUGCGCCCGCGGGGGCCGCCCGAGCCGGCCACGAUGCCACUGGGCCUGAAGCCCACCUGCAGCGUCUGCAAGACCACAUCGUCCUCCAUGUGGAAGAAGGGCCCGCAGGGGGAGAUCCUCUGCCACCACUGCACGGGCCGGGGCGGCGCGGGCGGCGGGGGCGCCGGCUCGGGGGCGGCCGGCGGGACGGGGGGCAGUGGCGGCGGUGGCGGCUUCGGCGCGGCGACCUUCGCCAGCACCUCGGCCGCCCCUCCGCAGAGCAACGGGGGCGGGGGCGGCAAGCAGAGUAAGCAGGAAAUUCACAGGAGGUCUGCUCGGCUCAGAAACACUAAAUACAAAUCUGCUCCAGCUGCUGAAAAGAAAGUUUCCACUAAAGGAAAAGGGAGAAGACAUAUUUUUAAAUUAAAAAAUCCCAUCAAAGCCCCUGAGUCAGUUUCCACCAUAAUUACUGCAGAAUCAAUCUUCUACAAGGGAGUCUAUUACCAAAUUGGAGAUGUUGUUUCUGUAAUUGACGAACAAGAUGGAAAACCCUACUAUGCUCAGAUCAGGGGUUUUAUCCAGGACCAGUAUUGUGAGAAGAGUGCAGCACUGACGUGGCUCAUUCCCACUCUCUCUAGCCCCAGGGACCAAUUUGAUCCUGCAUCCUACAUCAUAGGACCAGAGGAGGAUCUUCCAAGGAAGAUGGAAUACUUGGAAUUUGUUUGUCAUGCACCUUCUGAAUAUUUCAAGUCACGUUCAUCACCAUUUCCCACAGUUCCCACCAGACCAGAGAAGGGCUAUAUAUGGACUCAUGUUGGACCUACUCCUGCAAUAACUAUUAAGGAAACAGUUGCCAACCAUUUGUAGUUUUAAAAGUGAACAUGGAUUUCCGGUUGUCUUGUAUUUGUACUACCGUGAGACAUGCCACAUGUUUCUUUUUUCUUUUUUUUUUUUUUUCCAGUACGCAGGCCUCUCACUGUUGUGGCCUCUCCUGUUGCGGAGCACAGGCUCCGGACGUAGAGGCUCAGUGGCCAUGGCUCACAGGCCCAGCCACUCCGUGGCAUGUGGGAUCUUCCCGGACCGGGUCACGAACCCGUGUCCCCUGCAUCGGCAGGCGGACUCUCACCCACUGCGCCACCAGGGAAGCCCCACAUGUUUCUUUAAUGAAAUUCUUGGAUGGAAAAAUGACUAAAAAGUUUUUUAUCUACUGCCCAGUAAUCAUUAGCUUGUUUAUUACUAGUCACUUAGAAAAUUAAAAGAGAUAGAAAAGAAUUAAAUAUAUUUUGAAGUUAAAUAUUACAUACACAUUAAGUGUGUGUAUCCUCCCCAGCAAAGACUGUAAUUUCCAAGGAGACCAUUAGGAACAGGUAGUGUCUAUUUUUCUCCAUAAUUUAUUUCUAGAAACUCAUAAAAUGGAUUGUAUUUUUCUACAAGAAUAAAAUAUUAAUUAAGGUUUGAAUUUCUAACCAAGGGCUGAAUCAAAUAAAAUGUAGCCGUGAUCAACAGUAUCUAUCACCAAGUUAAAAAAGAGCUUUAUUUUAUCAUCUAGAACAGACUGUUGGCUGCUUUAACCUUAAGGAAAGUGAUUGGUGGAUGAUGUUAUUAGCCUAGGUUUUUUUAAACUUUCAUCCAAUUCUUCUGUAGUAAGCAGGGAUUCAGAAUCAUUCGGUUGAUCUUAAUAGAGCUGCUCUUCACUGCUCUCACCUACCUUCUCAGUCAGAGCGAGGCUUAAUCAAAACAUUAAGUUUAUAGUUCAGACAGACAACUUCACUAAAAACACACAGGAAACGUACUGUUCAGGCAUCCCUGAGCAGUAGUUUCUUGACCACCAUUAGAACAAACAUUGGGCAGUCAUAAAAAUGAUUAAUCAUUAGCACUGAUAUCUAAAAAAAGUCCACUCCAAAGUUAAAACCAUCUGCUAUGUACUCAUAAUAACAGGCCUAAAACAAUGUCUGGGAUUUAGAAGUCCAGGCACAGGAAUUCUAUUCAGAAUUCAGGGACAGGUUUUACUUCAAGUGUAGGUCAGCUAAGUAAGGGAGCAACAAUUUAAAAGAGGGAAGAAGUGGGAUUUGCACACACUUGCUUCCUCUCCUGUUCUGACUGGACCAUUAUUUCUCAACCCCAGCAAAAUUUGUCAGGAUCUAAUUUAAUUAUGAUGAUUUUGAAUUGUAGGAGUUUUAACUGUUACCAUUUUUCUACACAGUUAAUGUUUGUAUGUUGUAAGGAAGUUAUGGUUUGUAUGUUGUAGAUAGAUAGCUCUAUGUACAUAGUUAUCUCUCUCUUCACAAAAGUUAUAGUAAAAUUGAUUGUAAAUACCAUUGUAAAUAACUAAAUGCUAAUAUUCAGACUUUUGGAUUAAAAUGUAUUUUUCACAGUGUAUUUACUUUGGAUUUAUUUCAUGCAUUUACUUAUUUCAUUUAAACAAUUAAGUAGGGCUUUCUACCACAAAAUGGUGUAAAUAGAAGACACCACUGUUGUAGUACUUAUAAUUUGGAAUGACAGAUUCGUCAUCAGUAUGUAAUAGAUAUUAGGAAACUCAAAGAAUGACCGAUAGAUCAAAUGAACACUUAAGGUAUUUAUUAAAAUGAAAUAUUUAAAAACCAGUGUAUAUAUGGACCAUUUGUUUAUAAAUUCCUAGAUACUUGUGUAAUAUCUUUUAAAAUAAAGAUCGAAUUUUCAUAUUCCUCCUUAACAGACAGCAAAUGGCUCCUGUUACUCACAGCGUAGAUCCAUAGCUUUUCUCCUGUGAUGGAAGGCCUGCGCUGAUGUGGCCCCAGACUAUGUUCCCAGCCUUAUCGCCAAAGGGGUGAGAGGCUGAGGCAGUGCGCUCCUCCACCUCAAAUCCAUCUUCCCUUUCAGACUGCCUGCCCUGCUGAUUUUAGGCCCCAGCCCAGACAAAGAAGCAAAAGCCUUAUACAGACUGUUCAGCGGGCUCCCACAGUUGUGUAAGGUAAAGUCUCUAUAAUAGAUACUUUAUUCUAUUUCAUUCCUAGUGGCUCUGUUUCUCUAAUCAUAUCCUGACUGAUACAGUUACUGAGACACUGAAAGAUAAAGCAAGAAACUGCUGUUUUUCGUUACAAGCUAUUUAGAAUUACUUGGCCUUCUUUUUAUAAAAACUAUGUACAUGUAUUACUUUGAUAAAUUUUUUUAAUUGAAAAGUAAUGAAGGAUAUCA